AUGGCGGCUGGAGUGCCCCGGUCCGGAAAACCGGAAUGCCGAAUACCAAAAGCUCUGCAGAGCGGUUGUGGCCUAGCGAAGGCAACGGGCAGGAGAUCUCCCACCCCUUGUCUCUUCCUCCAGCAGGACCACAUAGAGAUCCCAGUCCACACUCCACUGCCUACGGUGUGGAUGGCCCCUAACAGACAGCACAUCGGAAUCACGGAAUGUAACCCAAUGCACAAGAUGGCGGACUCACUCACCUGCCACAGCCAAGCACAGCAACUAACCGCCGAAAGCAGACCGGAGUCCCAGAAAAGCCUAACGGCAAAGCUGGAUGCUGUUCUGGAGGCCUUCUGGGUGAAGCUGGCGGCAAGAGCGGCGAGCCUCAAAUGGGACCCCCAGGCACAAGACCAGAGGUGGAAUGCACAAAAUGGCCGCGGAUGGCAUGGCGGCAUCCAAGGGUGUCCAGCACCUGUCUUAAGCUGCAAUCAAACCCCCGGGCCGAGAGUCACCAAGAGAGCUGCUCACCGGCAGCGACCACACAAGUGGAGCACACUGCCCACACCUGCAAGCCGCCAUAUGGAUCGAUCAGCGCUGAAUGAGGGGAGACCCCCGCAGGGGCGAUCAUGCAGGCGGCGAAGUGCAGCGACAUGCAAGCUGACUCAGAGAAAGGUGCCGAUACGGACCAAACCUGGACUCCCUUUGAUCACUUGGCAUCCCUGGCCUCUACAUGUGCUCAAGGCCCUGAAGGACCGCCUUGCAGAUUUCCUGCGCUUCCCAAUAUCAGGAGUCGGCUGA